GAACCUACUCUACACUUUUAGAUUUAGGUGGGAGAGCAAUGCUAGGGGCACUCGCUUUUCGCACUCUCCGGCCAGCACUUCCCCUUUCAUUGGCAAAUGGGUUGAGAGGAAAGCUGGGAAAGCCUGCAUAUUUGGAAGACUGGUUCACUACAAUCACUCCAUUAUUAGCAGGGGAGUCUGCUUUCAAGGUUACUUUUGAUUGGGAUGAGGAGAUUGGGGAACCUGGAGCAUUCUUGAUAGUAAAUAAUCAUCACAGUGAGUUCUACCUUAGAACUGUCACACUAGAAGAUGUUCCUGGCUAUGGCAGGUUCCAUUUUGUAUGCAACUCUUGGGUUUAUCCUGCUAAACAUUACAAAAAGGAUCGUGUUUUCUUCGCAAACAAGACUUACCUUCCACAUGAGAUGCCAAUACCCUUACGGAAGUAUAGAGAUGAAGAGUUCUUGGUCUUGAGAGGAGACGGGAAAGGAGAACUCCAAGAAUGGGACCGUGUAUAUGACUAUGCUUACUACAAUGAUCUGGGGGAUCCGGAUAAGGGUCCGGAUUAUGCCCGUCCUGUUCUUGGAGGGUCUGCUGAGUAUCCUUAUCCACGGAGGGGAAGAACAAGCCGUCCUCCAACAAAAUCAGAUCCUAACAGUGAGUCUAGGUUGCCACUUUUAACGAGCUUAAACGUUUAUGUUCCAAGAGAUGAGCGGUUUGGCCACUUGAAGAUGUCAGAUUUUCUUGCAUAUGGAUUGAAAUCAAUUGCUCAGUUCAUCAGACCUGAGCUAGAAGCUCUGUGUGACAGCACUCCUAAUGAGUUUGAUUCGUUUGAAGAUGUAAUGAAAAUCUAUGAGGGAGGAAUCAAGCUUCCUAAGGGCCCUCAAUUUGAUGACAUUAUGAAGAAUAUCCCCUUGGAGUUGCUGAAGGAAGCAUUACCUGUUGACGGUGAAGGACUAUUCAGAUAUCCACUGCCCCAAGUGAUUAAAGAAGAUAUGUCCGCAUGGAGAACCGAUGAUGAAUUUGCUAGAGAAAUGCUUGCGGGAGUUAACCCUCUUGUCAUUCGUCUUCUAGAAGUAAGCCUAUGCCUAAACAUCAGUUUUUCUCUUUAUCAUUGAUUCUUUUGAAACCGCAUGACAUUAGAA